ACUUGCUAUUAAUAAAUGGUGAUUUCAUUCACAAGAAAAUUGGAGAAAAAGUCAUUUUACCAUUCCCAAAAUACUGAUCCGUCUCCAUCAACUGGCGGCGCCACCCAUCAACGCUACGGCCACCUUCACCUUCAUCUCCACUUUCCAAAGACUGGUCUGUGUCUUUAAUGGAAAGAACAUCUCCAUUAUUGACAAAUAUAAUCGUCUACGUCUAGCCAUAAAGAAACGGCUAACGCUAAAAGGGAAACACUCUGGUUAUUAUAUAGUUAUGAAGGUAGGCCAUGGCGGCCAUCGUUAAGGAGAUUUUGGCUAGGCCAAUACAAUUAGCGGACCAAGUGACCAAGGCUGCAGAAGAUGCCCAAUCAUUCAAACAGGACUGCUUCGAGCUUAAGUCCAAAACAGAGAAGUUGGCUGCUCUCCUACGCCAGGCAGCGAGAGCCAGCAACGACCUCUACGAGCGCCCCACUCGCCGCAUUAUUGAUGAUACAGAGCAAGUACUCGACAAGGCACUCACCCUUGUCAUAAAGUGUCGAGCCAAUGGCAUAAUGAAGCGUGUCUUCACCAUAAUUCCCACUGCGGCCUUCAGAAAAACGUCCACCCAGCUCGAGAAUUCAAUCGGGGAUGUCUCUUGGCUCCUUCGGGUUUCUGCCUCUGCCUGCGAUCGAGACGACGAGUACCUCGGCUUACCCCCAAUUGCAGCCAAUGAGCCAAUCCUAUGCCUAAUAUGGGAACAGAUAGCAAUUCUUUACACGGGGUCAUUGGAAGAACGAUCGGAUGCUGCUGCUUCGUUGGCGUCGUUGGCUAAAGACAAUGAACGGUACGGUAAGCUUAUUAUUGAGGAAGGUGGGGUGGCGCCACUUCUGAAAUUGGCAAAAGAAGGCCGAAUGGAAGGUCAGGAGAAUGCUGCCACGGCAAUUGGGCGUCUGGGUCGUGACCCGGAAAGCGUUGAACACAUUGUGAACGCUGGAGUUUGUAAUGUGUUUGCGAAAAUCCUCAAAGAAGGUCACAUGAAGGUUCAGGUACUAGUUGCUUGGGCAGUCUCAGAAUUGGCAGGGAAUCAUCCCAAAUGUCAAGACCAUUUUGCUCAAAACAAUGCAAUUCGGCUUCUUGUUAGCCAUCUGGCUUUCGAGACCAUUCAAGAGCAUAGUAAGUACGCCAUUGCCACUAAACAACAGAUGUCCAUACAUUCGGUGGUAAUGGCAAGUAAUAACAAUAAUCAAGAACCCAACUCCAACCCUAACACUAACACCAACAAGAAAGAGACUGAAGACGAAGCUAGUCAUGUGUCGCACCCGAUGGGGAAUCAAACUCCAAGCCAGAUGCACAAUGUAGUCACCAACACUAUGGCCAUGAGAAAUAAUGCUAUUAGUACUCCAAAUCAACCAAAGCAGCAGCAACAACAUCAACCACAGAUGCCUCCUCAUAAUAGUCACUCACACCAAGGAAAAGGGAGUCAAGGUUCGGGCAACGCUAAGCAACACCACCACCACACACCAGUCUCAUUAGCAGGGGCUAGUAUCAAGGGGAGGGAAUUCGAAGACCCUGCAACCAAGGCUGAGAUGAAAGCAAUGGCAGCCAGAGCACUGUGGAAACUCUCAAAGGGAAAUGUUGUCGUUUGCCGCAGCAUAACAGAGUCUAGAGCCCUUUUAUGCUUUGCGGUACUACUCGAAAAGGGACAAGAGGAUGUUCAAUUGUAUUCAGCUAAAGCAUUGAUGGAAAUCACAGCCGUAGCAGAGCAAAACUCUGAUCUAAGACGCUCUGCUUUUAAGCCCACUUCGCCUGCUGCAAAAGCAGUGGUGGAACAACUUCUUAAAAUCAUUGAAAAGGCCGAUUCAGAACUCCUCACUCCUUGUAUCAAAGCCAUUGGUAACUUAGCUAGGACUUUCAGGGCCACAGAGACCAGAAUAAUUGGACCUUUAGUUAAGUUACUAGAUGAAAGAGAUCCGGACACUACUAUGGAGGCUGUGAUUGCUCUGAAUAAGUUUGCCUGUACAGAAAACUUUCUUCAUGUUAAUCACUGCAAGGCAAUAAUAGAUGGAGGAGGGACUAAGCAUUUGAUACAGUUGGUUUAUUUUGGAGAACAAAUGAUUCAAAUACCAGCCUUGAUUCUUUUGUGUUUCAUUGCUUUACAUGUUCCUGAUAGUGAGGUUCUUGCUCAAGAAGAAGUGCUUAUAGUUCUUGAAUGGUCUACGAAGCAGGGUCAUUUGGUUGAGGAGCCUGUCAUGGAAGCUCUGUUACCUGAAGCCAAAAGUAGAUUGGAACUUUAUCAGUCUAGAGGUUCAAGAGGUUUCCAUUGAUCAUUAUAACUCAACAACAGUUUGUACAAGAUUUUUUUUUUGUUAAUUUCAACUAGUUUUACUUUUCCUUCUUUUGUGAUUUAAUUUCUAAACUCUUUAAUAUAAGAAAGAAAGUACAUAAUUAGUCUACCUAUUUAUAAAUGUUA